AUGUCCAGGCAGUCCACCAUCACUUUUCAGACCGGCAGCCGCAGGGGCUUCAGCACCACCUCAGCUUCUGGGCGCCCUCGCUUCAGCUCAGUCUCUCUGGCCCGCACCACAGCGGGCAGUGGAGGGCUGGGAAGAAUCAGCGGUCCGGGGACCAGCUUUGGAAGCCGCAGCCUCUACAACCUAGGGGGGACCAAGCGGGUCUCCAUCAGUGGGAGUGGCAACAACUUCAGAAGUGGCUUUGGUGGUAGGGCAAGCAGUGGGUUUGGGGUCAGCAGUGGCUUUGGCUAUGGGGGUGGGGUGGGCGGAGGUUAUGGGAGUUCUGGCUUCCCUGUCUGCCCCCCUGGAGGCAUCCAAGAAGUCACCGUCAACCACAGUCUCCUGACUCCCCUCAACCUGCACAUCGACCCCACCAUCCAGCGAGUGCGGAAAGAGGAGCGAGAGCAGAUCAAGACCCUCAACAACAAGUUCGCUUCCUUCAUCGACAAGGUGCGCUUCCUGGAGCAGCAGAACAAGGUCCUGGAGACCAAGUGGGCCCUCCUGCAAGAGCAGGGCACCAAGACGGUGAGGCAGAACCUGGAGCCCUUCUUUGAUGCCUACCUCAAUGACCUCCGCCGGCAGCUGGACAGCGUCACCAGUGAGAGGGGCAGGCUGGAUGCUGAGCUGAGGAACAUGCAAGACGUCGUAGAAGAUUUCAAAGUCAGGUAUGAGGACGAAAUUAACAAGCGCACUGCUGCUGAGAAUGAGUUUGUGGCCCUGAAGAAGGAUGUGGAUGCUGCCUACAUGAACAAGGUGGAGUUGGAGGCCAAGGUCAGCUGUCUGACUGACGAGAUCAACUUCUUACGGAUGCUCUAUGAGGAAGAGCUGUCCCAGAUGCAGACCCAGGUCAGCGACACCUCCGUGGUGCUGUCCAUGGACAACAACCGCAGCCUGGACCUGGACAGCAUCAUCGCUGAGGUCAAGGCCCAGUAUGAGGACAUCGCCAACCGCAGCCGGGCCGAGGCUGAGUCUUGGUACCAGACCAAGUAUGAGGAGCUGCAGAUCACAGCAGGCAGACACGGUGACGAUCUUCGAAACACCAAACAAGAGAUCUCUGAGAUGAACCGGAUGAUCCAGAGGCUGAGAACCGAGAUUGACAAUGUGAAGAAGCAGUGCGCCAGCCUGCAGACAGCCAUCGCUGACGCAGAACAGCGCGGAGAACUGGCCCUCAAGGAUGCACGAGCCAAGCUGGUGGACCUGGAGGAGGCCCUGCAAAAGGCCAAGCAGGACAUGGCCCGGCUGCUGCGCGAGUACCAGGAGCUCAUGAAUGUCAAGCUGGCCCUGGACGUGGAGAUCGCCACCUACCGCAAGCUGCUGGAGGGCGAGGAGUGCAGGCUGAGUGGAGAGGGUGUUUCUCCGGUUAACAUCUCUGUGGUCACCUCCACUGUUUCCAGUGGCUACGGCGGUGGCGGCAGCAUUGGAGGUGGAAGCCUGGGUCUCAGUGGGGGCAGUGGCUACUCCUUCACCACCAGUGGUGGACACAGCUUGGGCACGGGGCUGGGAGGUUCUGGCUUCAGUGCCAGUAGCAGCCGGGUCCUCGGGGGCAAUGGCUCCAGUGUCAAGUUUGUCUCCACCACGUCCUCCAGCCGAAAGAGCUAUAAACACUAA